UUGGCAAGGAGCGCGGAGGGAGGGGAUAUUUUAAUGGCCGCCAGUAGCACUACAGAAUACUAAAAGUCCAGAUUAUCCACUGUAUUUAGACUGCAAUAGCCACGGAAGCUUCUUGGUUACUCCUCUGCUGUGAGGUUUAUUGUUCUGGAGGUGUAUUACGUGUGCAGGUGUGUUCGUAGCGCCUUUUCUGCAGCGCUUCGCGGACUUUACCCGCUUGGUUUGUGCGCGGCUGUGAGCUCAGGCCUAGCCGGCUGGCUAACAAACAAGCGGACGUUUAGCUAGGCGCCGGAGUUGAAAGGGAAUAUGUAACAUAUAGCAACCAUCAUGACAUCCAGAUUUGGUAAAACAUACAACCGCAAGGGAGGGGAGGCUAACUCGAAAUUUGAAGAGGUCUUUUCCAAUAAAAAACCCACAUUGACCACCAAAUGGGGGGAGACCACCUACAAGGCCAAACUGGGGGCCAAAAGGCCUCUUUUAAAACCUGACACGUCUGACUUGCUGAAAAGACCCAGGCUUGAAGACAGUGACAAUGAAGAAGACCCGUUUGGGUUUGACAGUGAUGACGAGGCCAAGACUGAGACCUCUCUCAGUGUGUCCCAGUCACAAGUCAAUGACGGGGAUGUGAAAAAAAUGACCGCAGUGCAGGCUGGCGGGGCAGUUGUUUCUUCUGCACGGGGAUCUGCUAGCUCAGUAGCCAUGUUCACAAGCAAGCAAACAACUGAAGUGAAGGCUGUCAACAAUAACCAGUCCUGUUACAAAAGUUCAUCAGAUAGCAACCAAAAACCUGCAUUCAUGGACUCUUUGUCUAACACAGUCCCCUCAAAGGAUCACAGCUUCGCCGUGUCUCAGAGGCCCAUUUACUCCUCUUUUAAUAAAGACACUACUCUUAAAUUGGCCACUGAUGAACCAGGUGGAAGCAGAGACUUCCAAACCGCUUCCUCAUAUGACAGACUACCAUCAGAAGAGAUGAGAAGUGUUGAGCAAGAGCCUCCACCAGAACAAGUGGACAACAUUCCCCCCUCCCCAUUUACCUUAAGAGCCUCAAACUGCAAGAAGUACCUGCGGCCCAGCAAGUCUAACACGAUGUCUUCUGAACAGGCGGAAAGCAACAGCAACCAGCCCACAGAAAAUGCCCAAGAUAAACCCAAGAGUGUCCUUUCUGCUGGAGCAAGUAGUACUGCUGUCAAUGCUAAACCAGCAGCUAAGCCUGCAGCUAAGCCUGUGGGCAGGGGUGGUGGAAGGGUACGGGACUACACGGUUUUGCACCCAUCCUGUCUGUCUGUGUGCAAUGUCACCAUCCAGGAUUCAAUAGAGCGGAGUAUUGAUGAACUGGUCACUCCAGCUGCCCCUGCCGACCUUGGAGAAGCAGGUCAGAUGAAGAAGAAGACAGAUACUCCGCCACCAAAACCUACAAGGCCUUAG